GUAGUCAGUUAUGUGAGAGGCAAUGUCAUUGUUGCUGUGUUGGAGCCACACAGUUUACCUAAAAACAUGGCUUCUAAAGAUACUAACCUGUCAUCAUUGUAUGCAGAAUUAAAUAAACAAGGACAAAAUGGAGAAUAUGAUAGAGCAUUGAAAACAGCUAAUAGAAUUUUGGGAAUAUCUCAAGAUGAAGAAGCUGCGAUACAUUGUAAAGUUAUAUGCUACAUGCAAUUAUCAAAAUUUAACGAUGCUCUUCAGCUCAUUGUCAAAAAUCCAAAAAUUACAACGAAAUUGGAGUUUGAGAGAGCAUAUUGUUUAUAUCGAAUGAAUCAAGUACCGGAAGCUUUGAAAAUUGUUGAAAGUAUUCAAAAUCCUUCAUUGAAAAUUAAAGAGUUAAAAGCUCAAAUUCUUUAUCGUCUUGAAAAAUAUGAAGAUUGUUUCGCUGUGUAUCGAGAUAUUAUUAAGAACACAACAGAUGAUUAUGAGGACGAAAGGGAAACUAAUUUAUCAGCCGUUAUUGUCAAUUUAGUUAACAACGAUUCCAGUGUAGAGGUACCUUCGUUGAGGGAACAUACUUACGAAUUAACUUACAAUGCAGCAUGUCAAUUGGUCGCUCAGGGUAAAGAUGGUGAUAAAGUAAUUUUAGCUGAGGCUGAGAAAAAAUUGAAAACUGCAGAAAGAAUGUGUCGAGAAUUACUCGAAGAAGAUGGUAUGACAGAGGAUGAAAUUGAAGAUGAACUUGGUAUUAUAAAAAUUCAACUUGGUUAUUGUCUUCAACUUCAGGGUCGCGAUAAAGAAGCCCAAACAUUAUAUACAAAUGUUUUAAAAACAAAACCAAAUGAUAUUGCAUUACUUGCAGUGGCAAGUAAUAAUUUAGUGACACUUAAUAAGGAUCAAAAUGUUUUUGAUAGUAAAAAACGAAUGAAAAGUGCCACUCAUGAUGGUUUAGAGCAUAAACUUACUCUUGCACAAAGACGAAAUAUCGCUUAUAAUCAGUGCCUUCUCGCCUUGUUUACAAAUCAGGGUGAACAGUGUCAGCAAUUGUGCAAUAAAUUAAUAAAAGAUUAUCCUGAAUUAAUUUCAAAUGCAACGCUGGUAAAGGCAAUGCAAUUGAGUAAAGAGGGCAAAGCAAAAGAAGCUGCAAAAUUAUUAGCCGAAUGUAUGAAUGGAGAAAAUCAAUUAUCUAUGAAAUUAGCAUGCGUUCAAUUACUAUUGAGUCAGGAUGAAAAGAAGGAAGCAAUUAAAAUUCUAGAGAAUUUCAGUGAUAAAGAAAGAUCAUUACCAGGAAUUGUUAGUGCACUCGUUACUCUUCACAUGGCUGAGAAUAAUCGUGAAAGAGCAUCUGAAAUUCUCAAGGAUGCCGUUAAUUAUUAUAAGAAAAAUAAGGAGAAUACUGGUAAUUUAGGAACACUUUGGAGACAAGCUGCAGAUUUUCAUUUACGUGGUGGCGAAGUCACUGUUGCAGCUGCUAGUUUAGAGGAAUUACUCGCAGCCUCUCCAUCGGAUACAAAAACACUUGCCCAAUUAGUUAUUGCAUAUGCUCAAUUUGAUCCGGUGAAAGCUCAACAAUUAUCAAAACGUUUACCGCCACUUGAUCAUCUUACGGAAAAUAUGGAUGUCGAUGCAUUGGAAAGUAGUAAUUGGGUGAUUGGCAGUAAAGUUGUCAAAGGAAAAGUCGAACCAUCGCCAGGAAAACCUCCAAGUUCCGAUGCAGCUCAAAAGAAGAACAAAAAACGUAAGCGCAAGGGUAAAUUGCCAAAGAAUUACGAUGCAAAUGUUGAUCCCGAUCCUGAGAGAUGGUUACCGAGACAUGAGAGAAGUGGUUUUAGGAAAAAGAGAGAUAGAAGAAAUAGGGAUGCUGCAAUGAAAGGAACACAGGGAGCGGCAAUGGGAGCAAGUGAUCAAUUCGAUAUCACGAAAAUGGCUACGACAAAACCAUCUCCAAAUCCCCGUCAAAGUCCUGCAGUUGAAACUUCUGGACCAAGACAGCAACAGCGUAAAGUUCAACAGAAGAAAAAGAAAAAAGGAGGAAAGUGGUAAAAAAUUAAGUGAAAAAUAUUCGCAAUUUUUAGAAUUUCAAAACAAAAAUUGUAUUGACAUUUACUAUAUUGAUAAAAUGUAUUCAUUUUCUGGAAAGUGGAUAAAAUUUAAUACUUCAUUUAUUGUGUAACAUUUGGGUAAUUUUUAAAAAGCAAAACAUUUAUUGUUUUUAAACAUAUAAAACAUAUUUUAUGUUACUAAA